AUGGCACAGUUACAGUUGCAUAAUUGAAACUUUGCAGCGGCGCUGUGCAGAGGCGGUGCUUGACAGCAGCAGCGUUCAGUCUGUGCGCUGCACUGCUUCACCGCUGACACUCCGCCGACCUGAAGCUCAAACUUAACGGACACUUUGCGCCCGAAAGUAGGACCUUUUUUUUUGUUUGUUUUUUUUUUGGACGGUUUUCGGCUCGCACCUCAACGAAUCCAGUGAAGGAGUGUCGACAGAAAGGCAGGCAUUUAGCACAGAAGAGCAGAAGCAGGCACCAUGUCCACCCCCACAAACCAAGAAGUGAAGGAACUGAACCCUGUUGACUUUAUCCAGCUACAGCAGUACAUUGAAUACUGCAGCCUGAAGGUGAAAGAUGUGCUGAGAGAAUUUGAUGCAGAUGGCAGUCUAGCCGAGCACAGGCACGGAGAGUGCAUCAAUGAAGAAGGCUUUCGUCUGUUUCUGAAGACUUAUUUAGAAGUGGAGGACUUCCCUGUGGAUCUCUGCCAGCGGCUCUUCCGCUCCUUCCAAAACUCUGAACCUACACAGGAAGGCUGUGCCAAAGAGGUCUUUCUAAAGGAUGUGUCUUGUUACUUCUCUCUGCUGGAGGACGGCCAACCCAGAGACAAGCUGGAGUUUGCGUUCAAGCUCUAUGACAGAGAUGGUAACGGCGUUCUCGACAGCUCUGAGGUGGAUAGGAUCAUUGCUCAAAUGAUGCAUGCUGCAGAAUACCUCGGUUGGGACGUGUCAGAGCUCAGACCAGUUCUGAAGGACAUGAUGACAGCAAUUGAUGCCGACAGCAGCGGCACAGUUUCUCUGGAUGAGUGGGUGGAAGGAGGCAUGAACAACAUUCCCCUGUUGGUCUUGCUCGGUCUUAAGAUGACGCAGAAGGAUGGGCAGCACCUUUGGAGGAUGAAACAUUUCAACAAGCCUGUUUACUGCAAUGUGUGUCAGAGCAUGCUGCUGGGUUUGAGGAAGCAAGGCCUGUGCUGCACCUGCUGCAAAUACACAGUCCAUGGACGCUGUGCCAACAGGAACCCCACCCCCUGCACCAAGACUUAUGUUAAGUCAAAGAAAGAAACAGGGGUCCCAGCACAUGACUGGGUGAGUGGCAACUGUGACUCUCGGUGUGACAAAUGCCAGAAGAAGAUCAAGAGCUACCAAGGUUUAAAUGGGAAGCACUGUGUUUGGUGCCACACUAUGCGUCAUGAUGAGUGUGCAGACCAAGAGCCGAUAGAAUGUACCUGUGGUCCACUCAGAGACCAUAUCCUGCCUCCGUGGGCAAUAUACCCUGUAAUAAAGGAGAGGCCAAACAACAUGAAGAACGGCUGCUCAGGCUCAGCAGACAGCGAGCUCAAUACUACUCCUGAUGGACAAGUACUUCAGAUCAGCCCUGUACCAAACACUCAUCCUCUUCUAGUCUUUGUCAACCCUAAAAGUGGUGGCAAACAGGGAGAAAGAGUCCUGCGUAAAUUUCAGUAUUUACUGAAUCCACGACAGGUGUACAACCUAUCGAAUGGUGGACCUGGACCAGGACUGAGCUUUUUCAGAAACCUGAAGGAUUACAGGAUCUUGGUCUGCGGGGGAGACGGCACAGUUGGCUGGAUUUUAGAUGCAAUUGACAAGGCUAACUUAUUGGUGCGUCCGCCCGUUGCCGUCUUGCCUCUGGGCACUGGAAAUGACCUUGCCCGAUGUCUCAGAUGGGGUGGAGGAUAUGACGGCGAGGAUCUGAGCCGUAUUCUUAAAGACAUUGAAGGCAGCUCCCAGGUGCUGAUGGACCGCUGGAGUGUGAAGGUUAUCACACAUGAGAACGAGGAGAAGGGCGACCCGGUGCCAUAUGAAAUCAUCAAUAACUACUUCUCCAUUGGAGUUGAUGCAUCCAUUGCCCACCGGUUUCACACAAUGAGGGAGAAACAUCCACAGAAAUUCAACAGCAGAAUGAAGAACAAGCUGUGGUAUUUUGAAUUUGCCACUUCAGAAACCAUCUCUGCUUCCUGCAAGAAACUGAAUGAAAGUCUAACAAUCGAGUGCUGUGGCACGCCUCUGGAUUUAAGCGGACUGUCUCUAGAGGGGAUCGCCCUCCUAAACAUUCCCAGUAUGCACGGUGGCUCCAACCUGUGGGGUGACACCAAAAAAGGGGAUGUUCGGGGGCUUGUGGGUCAAGAAGAGCCUGAAGUGAUCGUUGACCCAGAAAUCCUGAAGGUCACCUCCCAAGAUCUCAGUGACCGUCGGAUGGAGGUGGUCGGGCUUGAAGGUGCCAUAGAGAUGGGUCAGAUAUACACCGGCCUGAAGAGUGCUGUGAGGCUUGCGAAAACAUCUCAGAUCACCAUCAGGACAAGGAAAGCCUUACCAAUGCAAAUAGACGGCGAGCCGUGGAUGCAGCCACCCUGCACGAUUCACAUUACGCACAAGAAUCAGGCCAGUAUGUUGAUGGCACCUCAGGCCAAGUCUUCUGGCUUUUUCAACUACAAAUAAAGCAGCUGCUCGUCAGCAGCAGUUACAGGCACUUGUUUAAUGUAUAUAUACGAUCUAAGACUGACACUUAUAUAUAUGAUAUAAAUAUAAAAUCAGAUUGAAUGGGUGUUGUAGAAUAAUCACAUCAUAACAGAUUUAGCAGCAGGUUUGCAACUGUGUAACUGAAGCAUGG